AUGGAAAACAAAAGCCCUCCAAAACCUAAGCUUCUUUGCAACGUCUGCGGCAAGGAGAGCGCAUCAGGGCCAUCUCUAAAACGGCAUAUGAGGUAUUGCAUCCGAAAGGGUGCAAUAAGCCGAAGUCGGAAAAAGUCAUGCCAGCAUUGCGCCCAGGCUAAAGCCAGAUGUGAAGUAUCCGGCCGGGGAUGUCUCAGAUGCUCAGGGAAAGGGCUUGCGUGUUCAUUAACAGUUCCCAUCAGCUCUGAUACCAACGCCGGUAUGGAUUUUUGGGACGAUAUUGCUUUAGAUCCCGGAAAUCUCACCACUUUGGACAUGAACAGCGUGCCAUUUCAGGACAACCCAUCUUCCAAUGCUCCUGACUCUCAUUUCCCGUUCGACCUUUUUAUGCCGUCGAGCGUCUUGCUUGGCCCCGGACCCGAAGGAGAAGUAGGCAAUGACCAGAGAUUCGGAUUGAUUGACCCUCCGAGUAACUAUGGCCAGGCGCAGGCACCGAGAUUAUUUGAACCCAGGCUGUUCCACGCGCCGGGCGCAAUCAUGGCCUCAACGAUGGGAACCGGAAUCCUGAAGUCUUAUCCUUCAAUGAUGAGAAAUAGAAAUGGUCUACCUCCAUUUAUUCAUCCUUUCUGCUACGGCUCGGAAAGAAAUGGCUGGAAAUUUCCUCUAUCGCUAGAACGAGCAUCAUUCAUUGCCUCUUCUCCCGUGGACAAUUCGCCCGAUACCUUAUCAAAUAUCCGUGAGGAGCAGCAGAGGAUCGAUCAAACUUUGUUAGAAAUGGGAAUUGAGGACCUAAUAAGUUCCGGACAGGCUCUGAUAAUCUAUAUCCUCAUGCGAAUCGAGAGCGGCCCCUCAGAGUUGGAUGAAGACGUGCAUCUCUACGCGACUCUCUCCCGGCUCUGUUUUCGCAUCCCGUCCCUGCCAGGAUUUUAUGAGAAAAUGGCAGAAUUCUCCCCGUGGAAGCAGUGGAUUAUUGUGGAAUCAAAGCGGAGGCUGAACAGCACGUUGCGUCUCAUGUCGCAGCUGUACAACUUGGACGUGGCGCCCAACCCAUGCAAUCUAUUCACUGCCAUGCCUCUCCCGGCAAGCAAACUGCUAUGGAAAGCAUCAAGCGAGCAAGGAUGGGAGACGGAGAUAGCUAGAGAUGACUUUUAUAAGAAGUUGAGUCUGCAGGAUCUGAUGAAGUUCAAGGGCAAGGGAGAGAGUGGCCAGCCCAGCAGAGAGGAAUGGAGCAGAUGGUAUUCAGGAACGGAUGAGCUAGGAAUACUGGUUGUUAUCUCCGCUAGUUUAUUAUAA